AAGUUGAAUGUCAGAAAGCACGGGCGCCCCGCUUUCUGUUUUCUUGUCCCUGGAGAGAGGGAGGGAGGCAUCACCCCACAGCACCAAAUGGCCAAGCUACGGCCGACCGCCCUCACCUUUCUCCUCGUCGCUACCGCCCUCCUCUUCCAUGCCUCUGCCGGUGGGGUUCCUCUCGGCUGGAUCCCCUCCUCCUCCCACUCGGACUGCCGCGGUUCCCUCGCCGAGUGCCUCGUCGGCGACGAGUUCGACCUCGGUUCCGAGGUGAGUCGCCGCAUCCUUGCCACCUCCGGAUACAUCAGCUACAGCGCCCUGAGGCGCGACACCACACCUUGCUCCCGCCGCGGCGUCUCCUACUACAACUGCCGGCCCGGCGCCCAGGCCAAUCCCUACUACCGCAGCUGCUCCACCAUCUCCCACUGCCGGGGAUGAAGACGAAUCCCCCCAGAUAUCUUCUCCUCCCUAAAAAAACCGCGAUUUUGUUGAAGAAAACUGACUCGUUGGGUAUGUAUUUGUCCUCUAUGUUCGAACUUUAGUUUAUUUGUUUUCACUUAUGCUUUUGUUGCAAUGCAAACUGGGAUUUUAUGUUUAUAUGUGAUUAACCAUGUAAAAACAUUUUAUUUGUUAAUCCCACUUGCCUUUUCUUGUGUGAACUCCUCCCCCCUAAAAAUCUAACCAAAAAAAAAAAAACUAAUAGACAAUCUGUUCUUAUAUAUUGUUGCCUCAACUAGAAAUUUUGAUUAGUGGUUCAUGGAUCUCAUGCUGCUUUAGAUUUAGAGUUCAUUAGUUAUGUUUUUUUUGUGUGUGGUUAAGGGAAUUGAUGAAAAUUAUUGAACUAAGGAGAUGAUUUCAAUGGCAACUAGCCAAUUCUAGUCAGAAGAGAUAAAUGAAAAAGAGUGGAAGGAGUCAGAGGCUAAGCAAGAAUGAAGAAAACCUUAGCCAAUAUGUAAUAGAAAUAAUGUAAUCGAUUUGAAUAUUACUAGUCUUGGAUAGACAUCAAUAGGUGAAUAAGAUUUAUGUAGCCAAUCCAAUAGUUGAGGGAGAUAUGAUGUAUUAAUGUUGGUAUUUCCCUUCUUUAGUUUGUGAAAUGUGGAGACAAAUAUAACUAAACAUAUGACAAAUCAAAGAGUAUGGACAAGAUUUCUUGGUGCCACUAGAAACCAGAAGGAAAUUUAUGAAGAACGAGAAGUAAAUAAAAUCAAGGGGCCAGAAAAUUAAUUAAUAUCUUGUAGCAUCUUUAAUAGAGUGGGAACUGUUGCAAUUUAAUAAGAGCGGAAAGAAAAAAAGACAAGAAGGAAAGUGACCAUGGCAUUUUAAAGAUUACUUGCAAAAGAUAUUGUUGAAGUACUUAUAUUGUGCAUCAACCAUAGCAGUGUGAGAAAAGAUGAAAUUUAAUUGGAAACUUGGUCAUUGCACACUGCAAACACAGUGUGCACUUAGGUGAUAUAUAUUAUAGAUGAAUUGUGUUUUACAGCUAGUGAAAGUUGUAAGCUACACAUGAAGGAUUGGAAAGAUCGGGUAGAAGGAGGGUGAAUAGAUGAUUCAUCAAAUUCUUACAAAAGUUACAACUCAAUUAAAAGUUAGAACUUGACUAAUGUAAUCAGAAUAUAAAAUGAAUUGCAAUAGAAGAUAAAUAAUUAAAUAUUUUCAAUGAUAAAACUUGUAAUUAAAUUGCAUUGUCAAAAUAGGGAUUUAAAUUAUGACGUAAAAUUUUAAUUUAAAUUGCUACGAGAAAACUAUAAUUUAAUUCCGACAAUAAAACUGGAAUUGCAAUUCAGUGAGAAAACAAUGUAAUUGCAACGAGAAAACUUAAUUUAAUUGCAAUGUCAAUUCUAAAUUUAAUGUGCAACAAGAAAAAUCAAGAUAAAAAAGAAACAACAACACAAUUUCUAAUGUGGUUUGGAGACAUCUCUUACUUGCUAGUGUCGCUCUGAUGUGAUACUUUUUCAAUGAGAAAUCUCACUAUCAAUGAAGCCAGAAUGCUCUUUACAAUUUUAUGAAUACAAGCCUUAUAAGUCUCAAAUCUAAUCUAAAGGGAUAACGAUCUUUAGAUCAAAACUUUGACAAUCUCUUUCUUUAUAAUGUUGUGGAAUAUGAGUUUAAAAUGGAAAUCUCAUCUUAGAGAUUAUAUAUAUAAUGCACGAAGGAGAAGAGUAGUAGUUAAGAAAAGUUUGGUGUACGUAUAGAUGACGGGCAAAACUUGCCAAGAGUAAUGCUCAAUAGGGUUGUAAACAAGCCGAGCUUUGGGGUGUUCAAGCUUGUUUGAUAAGGUAACCAA